AUGAGUUCUGACGAGGGCACUGGUGAUGGCAAUGCGGCGGAUGCUGGGCUCCUCACGGGCGUGUCGACCUUUAAGACCGGACACACACCGCCGGGCAUGGCGCGGUUCUUGCGGCGACAUCUGGUGUAUCGCGUCUCGCUCUGCGUUCUCGUCCUCGUUGUUGCUGUCCUUGUCCUUGCCCUAGUCUUUGCCCUCUCUACCUGCAGGCGCUCGCCGGCCACAAGCACGCCGGCACAGGGCUCCUCGUCAUCGCUGCCGCCAUUGGAUGGAUGGGCGGGCGAAAUGAGAGCGAGUGCGCUGGAGAGCAGCUUGCGCAAGCUGAUGGACAUUGCGGUGGCAAACGGCGGGAAUCGGGCGGCAGGCACGGCCGGGUACAACGCCUCGCUCACCUGGAUCAAGUCGGAGCUGGAGCAGCUGCCUGGCCUCAACAACGUUGUUGUCCAGCCGUUCACCAUUGACUCGUACCGAAAGUCCGGACCAGGCCGGAUGGCGCUGUGGGCGCACGCGUCGGGCAAGGACAUCCUCACCUUUGCCGAGUCCGAGGAGUACUCGGUCAUGACGUACUCGGCCAAUGGACAGAUUGUCGACGGCAAGGUGUGGGCAGUGCCAGGCGAUGGCUUUGGCUGCACUGCGGACGCGUACACAGGCAUGUCUGACAGCGCGGGCGGGCGUGAUGUGGUGGCGCUGGUGCGGCGCGGCGAAUGUGCGUUCCGUAACAAGGCCGAGGCUGCCAAGGCCAACGGCGCGGCCGCGGUGGUGGUGUACAACCAAGGCGACAGUGCUGGGCGGAUGGGCGUGUUUGGCGGGACGCUUGGCGGGCCGGUCGGCGUACCUGUCGUCGCCAUUGCCAACGCACCCGGCGAGAUGAUUGCGGCCUUGACCGAGUCGUCGCCAGACGCGCUGAGCAUGGAUCUCUCGAUUGCCAUGGAGCCGGUCACAAUAUACACCGCUAACGUGAUGGCCGACACGGUGUGGGGCUCCGACGAAUCGAUUAUUGUCGUUGGCUCGCAUCUCGACUCGGUCGAGGCUGGGCCCGGCAUCAACGACAACGGCUCGGGCACCUCGCUCAACCUCGAGCUGGCGCGGGCGGUAUCACGGCGCGGGCCGCCGGCGUCGGGUGCGCAGUCUAAGAUCCGCUUCGCAUGGUGGGGCGGCGAGGAGCUCGGUCUUCGAGGCUCGAGGGCGUACGUGGAAUCGCUCUCGGACGCUGACGCCGCGCGCAUCUCGUUCAACGCCAACUGCGACAUGGCCGGCUCGCUCAACGGGUUCCUCGGCGUCUACGACGCAGCGUCGGCCGACAACCAGGAGACGGGCCGGCCGUCGAGCUACAUCCAGGCCCAGUUCGUCGAGUUCUUUGACUCGCGUCGCCUCGCAUACCACCUCUCGCCGUUCACCGGCCGCUCCGACUACGGCCCGUUCCUCGAGCGCGGCAUCCCAGCCGGCGGCGGCGACACCGGAUCGGACGAGAUCAUCGAUGACGAGCUGCGCGCCCAGUUCGGGUCAUCGGUCGGCGUCCAAGCCGAUACCUGCUACCACAAGUCGUGUGAUACCCUCGACAACGUCAACCUUGACACCAUGCUCAAUCUUGCCCAAGCCUUUGGCCACGUCAUCGAGAAGCUCGCCGCCGAAGACAUUGCCACACUCCGGGCCCAACUCGAGCGACCGGCUACCCUCCCACAGUCCUCCUCACGGCAUCUCUUCCCGCGUUGGAUCCAUGGCGUGCAGCAGCACGAGACCUAG